AUGUCGCCGCCGCUCCGUCUCUCCGCUCCGCUCGGCCGAGCCGCCGAGUGGCUGUGGGCGGCGGCUCGGCCCGGCCUCCCCCCGGGCCUCUCCCGGGGCCUCCCGCCGGGCCUCCCCCCGGGCCUCCCCCCGGGCCUCUCCCGGGGCCUCCCCCCGGGCCUCUCCCGGGGCCUCCCCCCGGGCCUCUCCCGGGGCCUCCCGCUGGGCCUCCCCCCGGGUCCGAGGGCCCAAAGGCACCUGGUGUCAGCCUCAGCCGCCGCCGCCCCUCCUCCCGCCUCAGGAGGGGGUCGGAGCGGCCCAGCGGGCGGGGGAGCGGGAGACCCGGAGGGGGUCGGGGCCGAGGGCCCGGGGCCGGGGCCGGAGCCGGGGGGAGGGGGGGGUCGGGCCGCGGAGGCGCCCCUCAGGCCCGGAGACCUGGUCCUGGCGGAGUACCGGAGAGGGCGGCGCCGCUCGGGGUUUCAGAAGAUGUUCACUCUGACCGGAGAGGGGCGGCUGCAGAGCGACCGCGGGGCCAUCCCGCACCGGGACAUCGCGGGGCAGCGGCCCGGACAGGAGCUCCGGACCUCGGCGGGAGUGCCGCUGCUGCUGAGGAGAGCGUCUCUGGAGGAGUUUGUGCUGCGGAUGAGACGAGGUCCAGCGAUUUCCUAUCCCAAGGAUGCUAACACGAUGCUGAUGAUGAUGGACGUGAAUCAUGGAGACUGUGUUUUGGAGGCUGGGUCAGGAAGUGGAGCAAUGACACUAUUUCUAUCCAGGGCAGUUGGGACUUCCGGGAGAGUGUACAGUUUUGAAAUCAGGGAGGAUCAUCACUCUAAUGCCAAAAAGAAUUACCGGCGCUGGAGGAAAGCUUGGGAAGUGUCUCACGAGGAAGAAUGGCCAAACAAUGUCAACUUCAUCAACAAAGAUAUUGCGUCCGCCACUGAGGACCUCCAAGGAAAGCUGUUUGAUGCUAUAGCUCUCGAUAUGAUAAACCCUCAGCUUGCAUUGCCUGCUACCUGCUCACACCUCAAGCAAGGACAUAUCUGUGCUGUGUAUCUAGCAAAUAUUACACAGGUCAUUGAUUUGUUGGAGGGGGUGCGUAGCUGCCAGUUGCCGUUGGUGUGCGAGAGAAUCAUUGAGGUGAUUCAAAGGGAAUGGCUCGUGUCGCCAGCUAAACGGAAGGAUGGCACCACGGCACCUAGAGUGCAACCACAAAAGGACCAGAUUGUCGAGUUUGAGGAGCACAGAGAAGAAAGCGAUGUCGUCACGUCAGAAGAUGAAGGUGACGGAGAAGAGGAGAACAAACCUUUUUGUGCAAUUCCUUACAUUGCCAGACCCCAUCACGAGCAAUUUGCUCACACGGCGUUCCUUGUCAAAUUGAGGAAGUUCAAACCUGCACCCCCGUUCUCCACUCUGGACAGCAAUACGAAGUGCUAGGACUUCAACAUUUAGCCUGAUGAUGGAAUGUGCUGCUCUGUGUACUGUAAUGUUUAUAAUCUAUGUAUUGAUCCAAACUGCAGUAAACCAAUUGGAGUAA